GCGAGCAUGGGCUCGGCACCUGCAAGAUAUUUAAAAUUUUAUUAUUAUUUAGUAUUUAAAUAUAGAAUAGUAUAAUAUUUUUUAUUUUAAAUAAAUAAAUUUCUUAAUUAUUUUGUUAUAUUAAUUUUGACAUUCCCUGUCAAAUAUUAUCGUGUUUAUGCUUCAUUAGAUUAGAUAACCAUAUUGUGAAUUUGCCGAUUAGCUUUUAAUCUGAGAUGGCGAAUGCUUCGUUCUCUUUCGAUCCAUUCGACUUCAAUGGAAUACAGAGUGGUUAUAGUCAUAAUGAAGAUUAUGAGAAAGAGGAAUUGGUGAUCAAAGGAAAGCAAGACCGAAUGUUUUCCAUGGAAGACUUGGGGCAGGUUUAUCCUAUAUGUUCUGAAUAUGGUGCUUAUCAAGAUAACACAGAGAACAAGGAGCUCAAUUUCUUUAGAGAUCAGCACCAGCAGCAGCCACAACAACAACAAUCGCCACCCAAUACAAAUUAUUUGGCAUUGGAUGACUUACUUGGUUAUUGUUUCCCAGCACCAGCGCAACCAACGCAGGAAAUCAGAAAGAUUGAGAACAUUGUCGAACAUAGUAAAGAGAUGCAAUAUACACCUGCACUAUCAUCAUCUUUACAACUCCUUCACAAUUAUGGAAGUGGGAUCAAGAAGUUGAAUGCGAACCAGCCCGGCAGUGCUAGCAAUGAAACUUGCUUCGGGAGUCGAAAGAAACUGUCAACUGAGGAGAUCAUAAGAGUAGCUGGAUCAAUGUUCAUACAAUUCUCUGAUCAAAGAUAUGAUGAUUUCUCCAUGCUCAUGCACCCUUUUGGUUAUGCCCUCUCAGGCCUAUCCGAGGAAGAAAAAAGGGAUGUGGAACUCACUCACCUUCUGCUAGCAGCAGCAGAGAAGGUAGGCUACCGACAAUUUGACCGUGCAAGCAGAUUGCUGAGCCGUGGUGAACGGGUUGCAUCUGAGAGAUCCAAUCCACUCCAGAGGGUUGUGUACCACUUCGCAGAAGCUCUUCGAUGGAGGAUUGAUAAGGCAACAGGAAGAUUCCCUCCAACAGAAAUGAAGGGAAAACCAAAAUGUGUAACUCCUCAUGGUUUAAGUACACAUCUAGUUCACCUUAGCGUCCACCAGAAAGUUCCUAUUAAUCAGGUAAUGCAACUCACAGCGAUCCAAGCAAUAAAUGAAAAUGUUGGAUCAGCAAGAAAGAUCCAUUUAAUUGACCUGGAAAUCAGGAGUGGAGUUCAAUGGACGGCCUUGAUGCAAGCUCUUGCAGAUCGUCAACGCCGGCUUGACCAUCUUAAGAUAACUGCUGUUGGCUUGAGAGGCAUACAAAAGAUAGAGGAGACUGGUAAGAGGUUAGAAACCUUUGCUAAGUCCAUGAACCUCCCAUUCACGUUCAAACCAAUUCUGGUAUCUAGCAUGUCUGAAAUCAAGGAGGAACUAUUUGAAACAGCAGCUGAUGAAACCGUGGUUGUUGUCUCUAACAUGAUACUCAGGACAAUGCUCUCAAGGCCAGCUUGCUUGGAAAAUUUGAUGGAAGUGAUUAAAAAUCUUAAUCCUUCAUUAAUGAUCGUCGGCGAAGUUGAAGCAAAUCACAAUUCACCAAAAUUUGUGAACCGUUUCAUUGAAGCAUUGUUCUUUUAUGGUGCAUAUUUCGAUUGUAUUGAGACCUGCCUGGAACAGAACACUGAGCACAGAACGAUAACUGAAGCAAUCUUCUCUAACGGGAUAGAAAAUAUGGUGGCUAUGGAAGGCACCGACAGGAUUGCUAGAAACGUGAAAAUAGAUGUAUGGAGGGCAUUCUUUUCAAGAUUUAGAAUGGUGGAAGUAGGAUUUAGUGAGUCGUCCCCCUAUACCAAGCUAGCUUGAUUCCAAAGCAAUUUCCUUAUGGCGAUUCAUGCACUCUUGAAAAGAAUGGUAAGUGCCUAAUUAUUGGGUGGGAAGGAACACCAUUGCAUUCCCUUUCAGCUUGGAAGUUUUCCAGAGAGAGACUAUGGAGGUCCUUGUAAAUUAUAAAUUCUGAAACUGCUUGUAGUGGCUACUUGCACUCUUAGAUUGAAGGUUAUUAAUUUCAACUGUAUUAU